UCUCGGUCCGGAUCGUGCAGGUCUGUGUCUCUGCUGGUCUCUCUGUGGGUUUCUGGAAGUUUUAUCGGGCCGGGUGGACCUCGACGGACCGUAGAGCAGCCCGCUGACCUCAGGAAACGUCCUCCUGAUGAAGAAGGUUCCUCCUCUUCCUCCUCACACCACAGACGCAGCAGGUUGCCUCAACAGGUAAAGAGGAGCUGCCAUGUUGGCCUCCUCCAUCCCUCCGUCACUCCUCAUCCUCCUCCCCUUCCUCCUUCCCCCUCCCUGUCACCCGGCCGAUAUCAUUGUGACCUCUGACCCCUCCGUGCGAUGGGUGGAGCUGCAUGGUGCGCCCCUCUCUCACCUGGUGCUGGACCCGGGGACAGGUCGUCUUUAUGUGGGCGGGGUCGACCACCUCUACCAGCUGACCUCUGACCUGGAGGUGAUGUCACACGUGAAAACCGGCCCUCACCUGGACUCCCCGGACUGCCUCCCGCCGAUCGUGCCCCAUGACUGCCCCUCAGCCACGCCCACUCACAACCACAACAAACUGCUGCUGAUGGAGGCGGGGCAGGGGGCGGAGCCAGGGAGCCUGAUCGUCUGUGGUUCACUCUAUCAGGGCAUCUGCGACAAGAGGAGUGUGACCAACAUUUCUCAGCUCAUCUAUCAGACCUCCAACCCCGUCGACACGCAGUACGUCGCUGCAAAUGACCCUCGAGUCUCCACCGUCGGCCUGGUGAUAACCACAGAGAACAAACAGGAGGGGGGCGGGACUGGUGGCGUCAUGCGUCUGAUGCUGGUUGGUCGAGGCUACACCAGUAAAGGUCCUGGUGAUAUCCCACCAAUCACGACACGGCGUCUGUUCCCAGUGGUCCCGCCUCGCCGUGCCUUCUCUCAGGAGGAGGAGCUAGGGAAACUCGUCGUAGGAAGUUACUCGGAGUACAACAACCACUUCGUGAAGGCCGUUGCCCAUGGCAACCAUGUGUACUUCCUGUUCUCUCGCCGAGACAUGUGGCACAAGAAGGAGUACCGGACCUACGCUUCCCGGCUCUGCAUCUCUGACCGCAGCUUCUACUCGUACGUGGAGGUGCCGCUGCUGUGUCACGGCGGGUACAACCUGGCUCAGGCAGCGUGGUUGGGCAACCACUCAGGUGAACCUGCCCUCUUCGUCAUCAUGGCAGCGGGACAAGCGUCCACACCUGUAGCAACCAGUCGCUCAGCGCUGUGUGUUUAUGGGAUGGCGAAGCUAGACGCUAUGCUGCUGAGAGCGCAGGAAGUGUGCUAUACAGAAGGAGGGCGAGGCAGCAGCGGGCAAGAAGAGGCCUACAUUGAAUAUGCUGUGUCAUCAAAAUGUCUGAAACUCCCCAAGGACUCUCUCUCAGAGUACCCCUGUGGGGGAGAACACACCCCAAACCCCAUUGCCAGUGCUGUGCCACUCCCAGCCACGCCCACCUUCACCUCGACCACCCAGCUGACAGCUGUCACCACGGCAACAGAGGCGGGACACACCAUCGCUUUCCUGGGAGACAGAGAGGGACGACUGCACAAGGUGUUGGUGCGCUCUGAUUGGUCAGGUGAUCUGUAUGGGAGUCUGUCGGUGAACAGCGGCAGUGGCGUCAGCGCUGACCUCCUAUUGGACGACAGUCAGCGGCACAUUUAUGUUUUAACCAACAGCAGGCUGUCAAAGGUUCCUGUGUCAUCAUGUGAGAGACAGACAGACUGUCAGUCCUGUCUUGCUGUCAGAGACCCAUACUGUGGCUGGUGUGUCCUGGAGGGAAGAUGUUCACGUAAACAUCUGUGCCGGCGCCACAUGCAGCCCAACCAUUGGCUCUGGAGCUUUGAACCAACCAAUCAGUGUGUAACAGUGCAAAGUCUGCAGCCGGCCAAUCAGAGCAAAGACGAGCAGACACAGGUAACGCUGUCAGUCGUCGAGCUUCCCGCCCUUUCUGAAGCAGAGUCUCUGUCCUGCAUCUUCGGGCUCCUCCCACCUCAACCCGCCAUCGUCAUGGAAACCAGCAUCACCUGUCAAUCACCUGCACCGGAGCUCCUCCCCCCCAUGCCAACAGGAAGUGAUCACAUAAUCCUGCCAGUAUCACUGGUGUUUGGUCACGUGACCAUCACAACAGGCAACAUGACCUUCUACGACUGUGGAGCUGUGAGUCGACUGAACCAGAGCUCCCAGUGUCUAGCAUGUGUCAGCAGUCUGUGGAGGUGUAACUGGUGUCCUCUGGAUCAACUCUGCACUCACAACCACAGCUGUCCCAACCAACACAUAAUCCUCAACCAGAGACAGGAGUCUCCUGGUCCCACUUCAUGUCCUCUGGUCUUCGCCCUGCAGAGUUCUGCUUUAGUGCCGUUGGGCUUGAGCACCACUGUGGUGCUGCGAGGACGAAACCUGGAUGUUUACACGGAUGAAGCUCAGUAUUUGUGUGUUGUGGAGAUCGAAGGAGUCCAGUUCAAUCUGACGGCUGUUGUAGAGAAAUCACAGGACAACACGAACACCUUCACCUGCAGCCCACACCAGUUUCAGUAUGCUGUCGGUCAGCUUCAGUAUUCGGCUCCUGUCUAUCUGCGUAGGGGAGAGAGACGUAUUGACACCACGCCUGGCCUCCGACUCCAGCUGUACGACUGCUCAGCCGGCCAGUCAGAUUGCUCACAGUGCAGGGCAGUGCCGGAGGAGUAUGGCUGCGUGUGGUGUCCAGGAAGCCCCACCCCCAGUUGUGUUUACAACCAAUCCUGUACGAGUGUACCUGAAGACACCUGCCCACCUCCUCAGAUCACCCAGGUGCAACCUGUCUCCGGUCCACUGGAGGGUGGAAUCCUGGUGACCAUCACAGGGUCCAAUCUGGGGAUGAGGUACCAUGAUGUGGUGGACAGUGUCACGGUCGCAGGUGUUCAGUGUCUGCCCCAACCUGAAGGAUACCAGAUCUCAACCAGGGUUGUGUGUGAGCUGCAGCCCAGUGGGAAGCAGAGAGACGGGCCUGUCCUGGUAACCGUGGGAACAACUCCACCAGGAAAGUCAACACAGAUCUUCACCUAUCAGGACCCACAGCUUCUGGAUCUGGUUCCUGAUAAAGGUCCAGUUUCUGGGGGAACCCGACUGACCAUCAGGGGACGACAGCUGCUGACGGGACAAAAGUCGGACCUGAGGGCCUUCCUGGGCCCCCAGCCCUGCUACAUUGUGGAGGAGGUAAAUGACACCCAGUUGGUGUGUCAGACUGGUUCCAGUAAUCAGACUGGCGGAGUCACAGUUCGGGUUUUGUUCGGCAAAGCGGAGCGAACCAUUCCCCUCGUUACGUUCCGCUACCUUGACGACCCCGUCAUCACCGACGCCACACCUGCAGAGAGCUUCUACGCAGGUGGGCGAGCCAUCAUGGUAACAGGCAGAAACCUUGACGUUGUGCAACAGCCAAUCAUAGCGGUGUGGGUGGAGCCUGUGGAGGUCCAGAGGGUGAAACGGAGAAGACGAAUGGCUCUGCUGACUGCCAAGCAGCAGCUGGUCUUCAACAGCACCAUGACAACGGUGUCAGAGCGCUGCUCUGUCCUGUCGUCCUCUCAGAUGACCUGUCUGACCCCCACAGUGACACCAGAGGUCAAAGUGAAGGGACUCUGGUUUCAACUGGACAACGUCAGAGUCCACUACGAGAGCAUCAAGGGUAAAAGCUUCACCUACUAUUCAAACCCAGAGUUUUUUCCUCUGAAUCGAGAAGCUCCAGAUGCUCCGUAUCGCUUCAAACCAGGAGGAGUGAUCGCUGUGGAGGGUCAGGACCUGACCAGAGCCAUAUCCAGACAGGAAGUGACGGCUCGGCUAGGAGAUCAGGAGUGUGAGGUGAAAACUCUGGACAACACUCACCUGUACUGUGAACCUCCAGAGAUCCAACCAGUGAGUGUGGACGACAGCAACGAGCUGCCCAGCCUCAAGGUGUUCAUGGGAAACCUGCAGGUGGACCUGGGAUUGGUUCAAUAUGACAGUGACUCUCUGCUGUCUCCCGUCCCAUUGGCUGCUCAGAUUAGUUUGGGGGCGGGAGCAGCUGUCAUCAUCCUGUCAGUGCUGGUCGUCAUCCUCAUGUACAGGAGGAAGAGUAAACAGGCUCUCAGAGAUUAUAAGAAGGUUUUGCUGCAGUUGGAAACUCUGGAGAUCAACGUGGGAGACCAGUGUCGGAAAGAGUUCACUGACCUGAUGACAGAGAUGAUGGACCUGAGCAGUGAUGUUGGAGGACCAGGACUGCCCCUGCUGGACUACAGAACAUAUGCAGAGAGAGUCUUCUUCCCCGGCCAGCAGGUGGCACCACUGAGCCGCCAGCUGGACCUGCCGGAGUCCAGGAGGCAGACUGUGGAACAGGGCCUGCAGCAGCUCAACAACUUGCUCAACAACAGACUCUUCCUCACCAGGUUCAUCCACACUCUGGAGGCCCAGCAGGGUUUCUCUCAGAGAGACCGGGGCUACGUCGCCAGCCUGCUCACCAUGGCCCUGCACGAUAAGCUGGAGUAUUUCACCGAGGUCAUGAAGAGUCUGCUCCAGGAUCUGGUGCAGCAGUAUGUCGUCAAGAACCCCAAACUUAUGCUACGCCGGACAGAGACAGUUGUAGAGAAGAUGUUGACCAACUGGAUGUCGAUCUGCCUCUACUCCUUCCUUAAGGAGGUGGCGGGGGAGCCUCUCUACAUGCUCUACAGAGCCAUAAAGUAUCAGGUGGAUAAAGGACCAGUCGACGCUGUGACGGGAAAAGCCAAACGAACGCUGAACGACAGCCACCUGCUGCGAGAGGACAUUGAUUACUGCGCUAUGACUCUGACAGUGUUGGUGAAGAAUGGAGUUGAAGUUCAACCUUGUCCUGUUAAAGUGCUCGACACUGACACCAUCACACAGGUAAAGGAUAAGAUCCUGGAUCAGGUGUACAGAGGAGCUCCGUUCUCUCAGAGGCCACCAGCAGACAGUCUAGACCUGGAGUGGCGUUCAGGUCAGGCGGGUCACCUGACCCUGUCAGAUGAUGAUGUCACAGCAGUGGUUCAGGGUCGCUGGAAACGACUUAAUACUCUGCAGCACUACAAGGUUCCAGACGGAGCGACCGUAGCCCUGAUUCCUCGUUCUCAGAGUUCUGGUGGAGUUGGAGUCAACCAGGUCUUCCAGACAGGAGAGAAAACACCAAUGCUGGAGGGUGAGGAAGAGGAGGGUCUGCGUCUAUGGCAUCUGGUGAAGAGCAGCGAAGAUCCUGAAAUCCCAAAACACAGAAAGAGCAGCAUGAGGGAGAGAGAGAGAGCCAAGGCCAUACCUGAGAUCUACCUGACCAGACUGCUGUCCAUGAAGGGGACGUUGCAGAAGUUCGUGGAUGAUGUCUUCGUGGCAAUCCUCAGUACAAAACGUCCUCCUCCUAUUGCCGUGAGAUUCUUCUUUGACUUCCUGGAUGACAUGGCAGAGAAACACGGCAUCGACGACCCUGAGACCGUCCACAUCUGGAAGACCAACAGUCUCCCUCUUAGGUUCUGGGUGAACAUCCUGAAGAACCCUCAGUUUGUUUUGGAUGUUCAGGUGACUGACAGCAUUGAUGCUGUCCUGUCCGUCAUUGCUCAGACCUUCAUCGACUCCUGCACCACCUCCGAGCACAAAGUGGGACGGGACUCUCCUGUAAACAAACUGCUGUAUGCCAGAGAGAUACCCCGAUACAAACAGCUGGUGGAGAGGUAUUACAGUGAUAUCCACAGUGCUGCAUCAGGCUGUUAUCAGGAGAUGAAUUCCACUCUGACUGAGCUGUCUGGGAGUUUUGCUUCAGAGAUGAACAGUCUUGUUGCUCUUCAUGAACUCUACAAGUACAUCAACAAAUAUUACGAUCAGAUCAUCAUGUCCCUGGAGGAGGACAGUUCAGGUCAGAAGAUGCAAUUAGCUUAUCGGCUGCAGCAGGUCGCCGCCCUGGUGGAGAACAAGGUCACUGACCUCUGAUGACCUCUGGCCACGUAGACCUAGCUACCGCAAGCAAUGACCUCUGACCCCGUGACCCUGACCCAGACACCUCUGCUAAAGGAGAGUAGGAUGAAGACACUUCCUGUUGAACAUCUUCAGCAGCUCUGAGAGACUGAAAUCAUUUGACUCCUGUUAACACUGUGUCUUCCUGCUGUGUGUGUGUGUGUGUGUGUGUGUUGAGGAUAUAUGAGGUUUUUAUAGUCAGACUCAGGAGAUCCCAGUUCUUUAGGUUCCUUCACUCUGAAGCAGCAGUCAAACUAAACUUAAAGUGAACUGAAUCCAAACCUAAACCAAACCCAGAGACCAAUGUGACACCUAAAAACGACAAUCUAACCAAUCAGAUCAGGGAACAUCAUCAUCACCUGCUGCCUUGCACUACAUUUCCCAGAGUUCCCUGCUGUUCUGCUGUCCGUGGGGAGUCAGAAAGCACAAUUUGAAUAGUUUCUAUUCUGAUCACAUGUACUGAUUAUUGACCUGCUGAUCUCAGACUUGCUGGAUGCUUUUUAUUGACAGAAUAGUUUUGCCUUUACUACUGAAACCAGCACGACUCUGCACGUCAGGAGUUUUAAAGAUCCCAAAAGGUGGGAGUUUUACUGAAUGCAAUAAUCAGGGAGUGUUUUUUAAUCGCAUUUUCAGGGUGAUUCCAGUUUCUGCUUCUUUCAAAAGUCUCCGGCUCAAACAAAAACUUCUUCCUGGAGCUCUUCAGAUGAACUCGACCCCUGACAGCCACAGGACUGCAUUGUGAUUGACUGACCAAUCAGAGCCAAACUCUUCCAGCUGCUUAGAAUAGAUUCAUCAUAAUCAGGGGAUUCCUCUGCAGCAGUAAAUAAGUGUCAACAACAUGAAGGCGCUCUGAGCUAUCUGUCGAGUUUAGUCAGUUUGAAGACCUGGUCUACAACUAAAGCUGAAAUAUGUGGUUUCAUAAGCUUGGUGACGUAGUGACUAUUUACAAAAACUAACGUGCAGUAGUCACUAGUCAAUCACAAAAGCUAAAUUAAGUAGCUCGCUAAUGGAACAAAGAGUUAGCACUGUUUAUUCCAUCAACCAGACCUGCUGUAUCUCUGUCGUGGAGUAGUUUAUACUACUAUACUACUACUUACACUACUACAGAGGAGCUCUAAUAAAACAGGUGACACCCAGCUAAUAAGCUACGAUAACUUCCUCCAUUUUGGACUCACUUUGGCUUCACUCAAUGCUCAGCUCUCUCAGGAAGGCUUGCUAUUGGUUAACGGCACAAAUGGAACUGAAAGGAAAAGAUUUGCACAGAUGUAUUUCAUCACUUUGAGCGAAUCCAUGGAGUGAUUCCAUUGAAAUCAACUUAUUUAGCAGCAACAUUACGCAGUUUGAAAUGCAUCUGUGACUGAGUCCUUUUGCUGUUUUUUUUUUUUUUAAGAGAAAUACGAGCUACAG